AUGGCAGCAGCAGCACCCGCAGAGACGAUGAACAAGCCCGACGCCGAGGUUCUCGAGGCGGUCACCUCGGUGUUCCAGCCGGGGAAGCUUGCGGUCGAGGCGAUUCAGGUGGAUGAGAAUGCGGCGCCGACACCACCGAUCCCGGUGCUGAUCGUCGCACCAAAGGAUGCGGGAACCUACCCCGUCGCCAUGCUCUUGCACGGCUUCUUCCUCCAUAACCACUUCUACGAACACCUUCUUCGACACGUGGCAUCCCACGGCUUCAUCAUUGUCGCACCCCAGUUCAGCAUCAGUAUCAUACCUUCAGGUGACGCCGAGGACAUCGCCGCAGCAGCCAAGGUGGCAGACUGGCUCCCCGACGGUCUCCCGUCCGUGCUGCCCAAAGGCGUCGAGCCGGAGCUCUCGAAGCUCGCCUUGGCCGGCCACAGCCGAGGAGGCCACACGGCUUUCUCAUUGGCCAUGGGGCAUGCCAAGACCCAGCUAACCUUCUCCGCGCUCAUCGGUCUCGACCCUGUCGCCGGCACAGGGAAGUCCUCCCAGCUCCAGCCCAAGAUCCUCACCUACGAGCCCUCCUCCUUCGACAUGGCGAUGCCGGUGCUGGUCAUCGGCACCGGGCUCGGCGAGGAGAAGAAGAACAUAUUCUUCCCUCCCUGCGCACCCAAGGACGUGAACCACGCCGAGUUCUACCGCGAGUGCAGGCCGCCCUGCUACUAUUUUGUGACCAAGGACUACGGGCAUCUGGACAUGCUGGACGACGACGCCCCCAAGUUCAUCACCUGCGUCUGCAAGGAUGGGAACGGGUGCAAGGGCAAGAUGCGGAGGUGCGUUGCUGGGAUCAUGGUGGCAUUUCUGAAUGCUGCCCUGGGUGAGAAAGAUGGAGAUCUUGAAGCCAUACUGAGAGACCCGGCGGUUGCACCAACCACGCUUGAUCCGGUUGAGCACCGCCUGGCGUGA